AUGAACACAAUAAGGCCGUCCAUUCCUCGUUUGUCCGCCUUGCUUCGCAAGAAACCGUUUCCCCUGCCUUCUCCCGGGCCACCUUUACCGCCUGGCAUACUCGUUGAUGAAGAGAUCUCGCCAGUAUACAAUUCCAAGUACUUCUACCCAGCGAGGCCUGGAGAGGUACUCGCUGAUCGUUAUCAAAUCCUGGUCAAGGUUGGAUGGGGCGUGUCUUCAACAGUAUGGCUCGCGCGUGAUCUGCAAGGACAUAUCGAAGAGCCAGAGAGCGUUGUGGCACUGAAAAUUGCCAAUAACAAUGCGAGUUCCGCUUGUCAUGAGCGCGAGGUUGAAGAGCACAUUUCCACGGCAGACCCAUCACAUCGCGGUCGCUCACUUAUCCGAACAUUACUAGACUCUUUUGAAGUUGAAGGUCCAGAAGGUUCUUAUUCGUGUCUUGUGUAUCCGCCUAUGAGGGAGCCAUUGUCGACGUAUCAGCGGCGCUUUGACGAUAGAAAGAAGCCACUCCCCCUCAUUAAAACAUACAUUCGUGCUCUCCUCACGGGGCUUGAUUAUCUUCACAAAGAAUGCAGGAUAGUUCAUACGGAUCUUAAACUUGAAAACAUCAUGGUCUCAUUCGAGGAUCCAACCGUGCUUGCUGAUUUCAUGGAUUCUCAGCUUGAAAAACCGAUGGCUUUUAAGAUUGAUUCGACGGGGCGACCAGUGUAUCAGUCCCGUAAUGACUUCGGGCCACUCAAAAGCCUGAGAAGUAUACCACAGCUUGUCGACUUUGGCUUGGCAACCAGACUCGAGGAAGACGACGACUGGGGCGUCUGGCCUAUUCAGCCAGACCACUAUCGGGCGCCAGAGGUGAUACUGGGUAAUGGAUGGCAAAUGCCUGCGGAUAUUUGGAAUCUUGGUGUUCUGUUGUGGGAUAUGAUCGAAGGCAAAGAACUAUUUCGGCAUAUCCACGAUCAACAAGGUCGCUACGAUGCUAAACUACAUAUUGCCGAAAUGAUAGCCUUCCUCGGUCCACCCCCUCCAGAGGUGAUACAAAGGUAUCAAUACAUGCGAGAGUACUCGUGGCCGGAACCUGUUAGGCGAGAAGACGACAGAGUAUGCGAGACCGCGGAGGAGUACUUCUGUGGGCCAUUCUUUGACAAUAAUGGUCGCUUUCUCUACGAAGACCUGAUCCCCGACCGGAAACUAGGCGACACAGUUUCCUUCCUUGAGGGAGUGGAGAGGGAAGCGUUUCUGGAUCUCGCCAAUGGAAUGCUUGUCUGGCAUCCAAAUGCGAGAAAAACGGCAGGCGAACUGGCGGGUCAUCCUUUUCUUCAACCAAAGCAAACAAGCGGCUGA